GCUUUACGCAAGGGGUCAGGGAGAGGUGGAGCGGGGCGCGCACGACCCUCAGCCUGCAGCUGCCCAGGGCUCAGUCACUUCCUAUCGCCCCAGCGGGCGCAGCCCUGCCCCACGCCGCUGGGCCUGGUUGGCUGCCGGCGGCGGAGAGGGGUGGAGUGAUGCGAGCGGCAGCAGGGGACCGGGCGGCUGGAGCGCAGGGGCGGCUGGAGCUAGCGGCGCGUGCGGCUGGGGCGCAGCGGCCUGGGGGCAGGCUGGCCAUGGGGGGGCUGAAGGAGGAGCUGCUCAAGGCCAUCUGGCAUGCCUUCACCGCCCUGGACCUGGACCGGAGCGGCAAGGUCUCCAAGUCCCAGCUCAAGGUCCUUUCUCACAAUUUGUGCACAGUGCUAAAUGUUCCACAUGACCCAGUGGCCUUGGAAGAGCAUUUUCGGGACGAUGAUGAAGGACCAGUUUCCAAUCAGGGUUACAUGCCGUAUUUAAACAAAUUCAUCUUGGAAAAGGUUCAAGGGAACUUUGAUAAAGUUGAGUUCAAUAGGAUGUGCUGGACUCUCUGCUUCAAAAAGAACCUCACUAAAAGUCCUUUGUUUAUUAGUGAUGAAGAUGCCUUUAAAGUUUGGGUUAUUUUCAAUUUUUUAUCUGAGGACAAAUACCCAUUGGUCAUUGUACCUGAGGAGAUUGAAUACUUACUUAAAAAACUCACUGAAGCAAUGGGGGCAGGCUCGCAUCAAGAACAGUUUGAACAUAAUAAGAACAGCCUCGGUGCCAAUCAAGGUCUUUCUGCAUGGGAAUUGAUUGAGCUUAUUGGAAGUGGACAGUUUAGCAAAGGGAUGGACCGACAGACAGUAUCAAUGGCAGUUAAUGAAGUCUUUAAUGAGCUCAUAUUAGAUGUAUUGAAACAGGGUUAUAUGUUGAAAAAAGGUCACAGAAGGAAAAAUUGGACAGAACGUUGGUUUGUGCUAAAACCAAAUAUUAUUUCAUAUUACACGAGUGAAGAUUUAAAAGACAAAAAAGGAGACAUCGUGUUGGAUGAAAACUGUUUUGUAGAGUCCUUGCCUGACAAAGAUGGGAAGAAAUGCCUUUUUCUUAUCAAAUGCUUAGAUAAAAGCUUUGAGAUUAGUGCCUCUGAUAAAAAGAAGAAGCAGGAGUGGAUUCAAGCCAUUCAGACCACUGUAAGCCUGCUGAGGGUUGGCAGCCCUCCACCUCACAAAGAAGCACGCCAGAAACGGAAAGAAUUACGCCAGAAACUGCAAGCUGAGCAAGAGGAAUUGGAGCGACAGAUGAAAGAACUCCAAAUAGCCAAUGAGAACAAGCAGGAGGAAUUGGAGACAGUGAGAAAGCAACUGGAAGAAGCAGCUGCUCGAGCCGCAGUAGAAGAGAAGAAACGUCUUCAGACUCAAAUGGAACUGCAAGACCGAUUCAGUCUGGAACUAGCGAGAGAGAAAAUGGUAAGACAGGAAAUGGAAGAGCAGGUUGCUCAGAAAUCGUCUGAACUUAAACAGUAUUUGCAGAGAGUAAGUGAACUCGAAGAAAUGUAUAAAGAGCUACAGGAAGCCUUGGAGGAUGAGAAACAGGCACGUCAAGAUGAAGAGACCGUGAGGAAACUUCAAGCCAGGUUACUGGAGGAAGAGUCAGCAAAGAGAGCUGACCUGGAAAAAUGGCACUUGCAACAGCAGCAGACCAUUCUGAUGACAGAAGCAGAGAAGCAAGAGUUAGAGACCCAGAGGAUCAUAAAGGAACGUGCUCUUCAUGUUGCUAUGCAACAGUUGGAACAGCUUGAACUAGAAAGGAAGCAGGCACUUGAACAGUAUGAGGGAGUCAAAAAGAAGUUGGAACUUGCAGCUAACAAGACCAAGAGCUGGAAAGAUAAAGUAGCUCAUCAUGAAGGAUUAAUUCGAUUAAUAGAACCAGGGUCUAAGAAUCCUCACUUAAUUACUAACUGGGGACCAGCAGCCUUCACUCAAGCUGAACUUGAGCAAAGAGAAAAGAGCUGGAAAGGGAAAAAGGCCACUUCUGAGUAAUGAAGGCAGCUGAAAUCUCACUGAACAGCAAUAAAAUAUUUAAUCCUGCCAUUUUAUACUUCAGAUAUGGCUUACAGCUUGUAAUGAUUGAGUAUGUUCAAAGCAACACAUUCUGCAAAUGCUGUCUACAAAGGGAUCUUUUAUCAUAACAGUAUACCAGAGCUGUCAAGUCUGCAAUUUUCCCUCCAACACUUAACACUUCCAGAAACUGCUUUAUUUAUAUGGAAAACAUUAUCCAAUCUCUCAGUUGCAGAUUUUUAUUUAAAUAAUAAUUUUGUUCAUAGAAUACCUGUUAAAAAUUUUAUGACAUAACACUGUGACUGCAUUUGAUAGGUUAAGUACUGUUAUUUCCAGUGUUUCUAAAGUGAGGGAACUGCUUGCCUAUGUCUUUAUACAGGCAGUAUCAUUUAAAACAAGUGGGACCCAUAUUCUGCGAGCAACCCCACUUCUCUUCCCACUGCCAAUCAUAGUCUCCUUUUGCCCUUCAUUUCAUCUCCUCCACUGGACACGUAGGACAUGUCUACAAUUCAAUAGGCUCAGAUUCAAGCCUAACCCUCUACACACAAAUCAUGCUACCCCAGAGUCCCAACUUGAGUCAAGAUGGGACCCAGCCUUCAAACCCUAUUGCUUUACAGUGUAGAUGCAGUCCCACUGGACUUAUGCUUGAGGAAUCUGGCAAAAAUAUUCCUUGGGCCAGUCAAGUGUUCCCACGCUGCACCAUGAACAAAGGGCUAAAGCAAGCACCUGUUAGGAAGUUUGGGGUCUGGGUAGUUGGACUCUGCCUUGUAUCAUGAAGUAUCCAUGGUGGGACCCAGGUUUCAACAAUUUCUAGUAUGCACUCAAGCCCAAGACUUGGUAACUAAAUUUCUUCUAACCCUGAACUUAUAUUGCAGUGGAGACAUACCCUUACUUUCCUCUUUGUGGCUCUGUUACUGUACAAUAACUCCUGCUGAAGGCAGCUAGGCUGGGUUCUCUUUGCACUGAUGCAGCUGAGUCAGCACUGUAUGACCUGACAGCUCUCUAUGGACCACCACUGUAUACUUCAUAAAUCACAUUUUGAGAAGCACUGGUCUAACACAAUUGGGAAUAGCAGCACUCCAGGAUCAUAGCUGUAGUGCAGUCUCUAUGUGGAAAAGCAGCUGCUGUCCAGCUGUCCUAAAGCUUUUGUCUUCAGUUGAUGUAUUUUGGUUAAAGUCUUUUUAAAAGACCUCCACUCAUGAUUUAAAGACAUUCUAUUCUUCAAACAAAUCAUGGGCUUGAUUCAGAAAUUAGUGGAUGAGGUUCUUUGGCCUGCAUUAUACUAGAAGUCAGCCUAGCUGAUCAGAGUAGUCCCUUUAAGCCUUAAAAUCUGUAUCGUACAUACAGUCUCCAGCUGGAGGAGACAUACUCCCACCUGUGUACCUAUUAGCACUAACACGCCUACACUCAGGGCAGCUAGUCCCUCACACUGCUUGCAGCCACAUUCUGUUUUUAGUACACGGGGAGAGUAGUGCUCUGAGCUGGCAACAACAGCCCCAGCUUGAAGUGUAGCCACAAGAACUAUUAUGAAACAGGUGAGAUGCUAAAAACUGGUUAUGAACCAGGUUCCACCAAUCAAGGAAGCAGAAAAAAUUAAUUUGAUUUUUUGUUCUUUUAAUCCUAUAAUUGGAAUGAAAACUUAAUUAAUCCAGCAUUCCAAUGCCGCCCUCACCUAGUAUUAUUACCUUUAAAUAACAAAACAAAAACCUUUGUCACUGAACGCUAUAAAUCUAUCCCAUUAUACUAAAAACAUUCAAAAGAAUUCUAGCAUAGGAUGGGUCUUGCAGCAGGGAAAGCCAUUUGUUUCAAAGUAAUAUACUACAUGAUUUUGCUUUGUAGACAUUCCCCCACAGACGUCAGUCAAUGCCUGAGAAAUAUUUCUCCAAAUGCGCACUAUGCCCCAUACUGAAUAGCAGCUACCCAUGCAUAGGGCCUGCCAAUCAACUUUUGACUUACACCGCUAUGAAAUGUACAAUUCUCAACUUCUAAUUUUUAGUGCAACUAAAUGUUAACUUAUUGCAUAGUUAAAUAUGAAAAUGAAUGUUUUAGAUUGAUAACCAUAUAUUUGUGUACAGAACAGUAUUACUAAGUGAUUCGGUAAAAUAACAGAAGUAGAAACUGUACAAUGUUGAACAAAACCAUCCUUCAAAACUGGAACUCAUCUGUUUUUAUUUGCUGGAGACUCAAACACCGGGAGAUCUGAAAUCAGACACUUUUAUGGGUGGUUAUAUUUUUAUACUAAUUAAUUGAACUCGUUGUUUCAAUAAGUGGAGAUAAAGAUUUGAGUACUAGCACAUCCUAGAAUUUCAUAUUUGUAAUUACUGUAAAGUAAACUAAUAUUUCUUUUAGUUUGCUGCUAAACUACUACUCGGACUAUAGUUGUUUACAUAAGAAUGUGCUAAUACUAGCAUAGCUAUACAUUUUUAAACUGGUAAAGGAAGAGCUGGAACAGUAUAACUUACAAUCAUCUCCCCACCCUUUUUUUUUUUUUUUUUUGGCAUGAAGGUGUAUUAGGUGCUAAUUAAUUUUCUGCUGUCUUUUUUUUUUUUUUUAACUUGUCCAAAAUAUUUUAAGGAAAUACCAAAUGAUGCAGACUUUUUUACUGUUCUCUAGAAUUGGCUUUUUAAUAAAAUAAUGCAAAAAAGUUAUUUACCCUUCGA